AACAGUUUCGUUUGAAAAAUCACAACAAGAGCAAACAUGAAGGAAUUGUCGUUGGCUUUAGUGCUCUCUCUGUCGUUGGCUGUAGUGCUGUCUCUGCUGGUCCUGGCAAAUGCUAAUCCGCUGCAUCCGGGCAAUGUGAUCAUCAAUGGCGAUUGCAAAGUUUGCAACAUUCGAGGCGAUUAAUAAAUGAAUAAAAAUCAAAAUAUUAUAUA